GGUUCAACAUAAAAAAAAAACUUGUGAUGCUUUUUGUGGUAUUAAAUUUUUUUUUUUGUUUUUGUCAUAGCAAUGUUGCACGUGUGUUAAAUAGUGGCAAGUUGUGAAAUUUUCGAAAUAUAAAGGACUUUAUUUGGUACUUUGUUAAGUUUACUCAGAGCAAUUGUUAAAUGUUUUAUUUAUUUCAAAACGCUUAUGUAAAGUAAAAUAUUUAUACAUGUGUACACACACACAUACACAAGUACUUGUUAAAUUAAUUUAAUGUAACUUUUAAUUAUAGUACUUCUUAAAAUGAACUAUUUGCAAUUAAGUGAAAGAGAACUUGCAAAGUAUACUGCAUAUAAUUAAUGAUUAAAAUUUUACGAGCGGGUACACAAACACAAUAAACUAAAAGUAUUAUUGAAAAGUAUUCAACCGAUGCAAUUAAGAGUGUUUCAAAAUAAGAGUCACAAAAAGCAAAUUAAGUAAAUUUUAAAUGAAAAUCAUGCAGUUGUAAACAAUGAAAGUAAAACACAAAGUAAACAAGUAAAAAGAGUUAUAAACAAAGAACAACAACCAAAUAAUAUUUGCACUUUUUAACAAAAUAAUACAAAAUGCAUAAUAAACAAAGUAAACGUUGCAGAGAAAAAGUUUACGAGCAAGCAAGUUUGCUGAGCUUUAACUCUGCAGCACAAGUCAGUCUAAUGCAACGUGAAGAGCAGUGAAGUAAGCACAAAAACAAAAAAACAAAUAACGAUACAAUUAAAGCAUUCAUACACACAUCUACACAUAUAAGAAUUAAAUGAAAUAAAAAAGCACAUGAAAAAUAGUUAAUAAAUAAAAAGCGGUAAAGAAGRGAAUCAUAGUAAUAAUUUUAGUAAAGUUACUGUCAACCGAAUACUAAAAACAAAAAAAGGAAAAAUAAAAAURUAAAUGAAAAACAGUAAAUUGUAAACCAAUUAAAAAAUAUUCGAAACGCGGACACACAGGUAUGCAAUGAAAAGAUAAUCGUACAAGUAUAUUACGUACAUAUGUACAUGCAUUAAAUAUUUGAGAACCGUUACAUGGAAUCGUUAAGAACGUUGAGAGAAAUGGUAAUAAUUUGAUUACAAAUAACUCAGGUUGAAUUAUUUCAAAAUGUGAAAGCAGACAACUGUAAAUGUAUUGAAUUUUUUCCAAUAAACUAACUAAGAGAAUCUAACACAAAGCCCCACCAGCAGCAUGUAAACCCUUCUAUUAAGGCAACACAAAUGAAGAUCAUCACGGCAUCACGUCACUGCAUAUAUUUACUUCGUUUGUCCAGCACAUACAUUUGAGACGUUUCUAUGUAAACGUUACGCCACAUGAGCGAUGAACCUGGGUAAUGGUCUGUUCUGGCUGGUGGCACUUAUUUUCGUAGCCUGCAAUCUGUCCUUCGGCGGUACUCGUGAGUCUCAGCUGCGCAUCGGUAAGGCCAUCAACAUCUUCGUGCGCUAUGGCUAUCUGGGAAUAUCGAUGCGUGUCAUACCAUACAACGACAGCUACGAGACGGACAAAUGGCUAUUCAAGGAGCCGACAAAGUCAAUUUAUAAGGAUUUAAAUGCAUUGAGUGAAAGUCGUGAGGAGAAUGCGCCGGGCAUCUUUCAUGGUGACUUUCAUAUGGAGUUUUGCGAUAAUCGACGACAGCUCUAUCAGGCUUACUUCAGAGACUUUACGGUCGAGCGGCUGGAUAAACCGUGGGAGGCUUUCACCGGUGGCUGGUUCGCCGAGAAUGCCGCCAAAAAGCUGGGCAUCAACACGUCAUACAUAAUGGGCGAAUAUUCGUAUGUGUUGGUGCGCGUAGUGCGUUUCCGUGAAGUGGGCAAGUUCAAGGGCGACAUACCGCUCAAUCAGACGCUGGAAAAUGACGUGCAUGAGCGUAUCGGUGGCAUAACGGCGGGUAAUGUGACCGGCGCCAUCGAGUUUAUGGAAUCGUACGGCACACACUACAUCAACUCCUACACGACGGGCAAUUCGUUGUACCAGGUAUUUGUCUACUCGCGAAAAAACUACCAGCUGAUCAGAGAUCGCAUUAAAACGAAAGGACUGAACAGUCUUUCGAAGAAGGACCUAUACGAUUUCUUUGCGCCAUGGCACGCCGUGCACCUGGGGCAAAUACGCUCGGCGAGCGCCAAUGCGACGGUGGAGCGCUGGGCGCGACGCAAACUGCAAUACGAGUACUAUGUGGUGAAGUAUGUGACAUUGCUCAAGUUGCACGGCAAUGCCACGCUACUCAAGGCAUUGGAUAGCCUCUUAGGCAACGAUGCAAUUCUGCAACUAGAUCUGAAAUCAUUGAACGUCAUAUUUAGGGAUGAGCCUGAGAAGCAAAACUGGUUCAACGAAGUGCUCGACAAUCAGAUGAAACUGUGGGAAGUCAACAUGCCCAUGAACUGAUCCAACAAGUAACAAGAAGUAGUUAUAUACGUAAGAAUGGCUGGUUGGGCGGUUUAUGUGGGCCGUUAAUGUUCCUAAGUAGCUAGCGACUAUUCGCGUUGUUGCCAUGACUUUGCGCAGCCUUAAGCCACACAUGUACAUAUGUAUGUGUGUGUUGAAUUCAAUGUAAAAGUGCCUGGGUCGCGUUGAAUUUAAACAAAAAUAUGAAACGUUGUUGUUGUUGUCCUCGGAGGCUGCAAUAACGCUUUUUCGAUGCCUGUGAUAGUUUUAGUUGAUUUUAUUGUUGUAAAUUAAGUGAGUGCUAAUUUAAGUCAUAACAAAUAGAAGUACAUAUUUUCAUGUACAUAUAUAGUAUAUGAAUAUAGUAUAUGGAUACUUGUGUAUGUAUGUAUGUACAAAGAGUUAGGGUUGGAUAUGUUUAGGAAAAUAUGUUGUACAGUGGUAAUAGAGCGGUCGGACUUAAGCUAGUUUGGGGAGUAUAUCAUAUAAGAAAUCGAAUAACGGAAUAGUUAGUGUAAGCAAUAUUAUUAAGUUAAAAGUUGAUGUAAAUAAAGCAAUCGUUGGUUAAAAAGAUGAAAAAAAGAAUAAUAAAUGAAAUGUUGUAUGUA